AUGAAGUCCUCCCAGAUUCUCGCUUCCGUCCUCUUCGGCUCCUUGGCUGCCGCUGUUCCCUUCAAGCGCGACCUACUCACCAAGACUGAGGUCCAGGUGGAGACUGUAGUCGUCUACACCACCGUCUGGGACGACGACGUCCCCGCAGCUGAGGCCACCACCACCGCUGGCGGCUACUUCUUCGAGCAGCCCUCCAGCUCCGUGGCGGCCGAGACUACUCCCGUGGCCACCUCUACUCCUGCUUCCACGCCCGCCUACACGCCCGCCUACACGCCCGCCUACACUCCCGCCUACACUCCCUCUGCUGUCCAGGAGCCCUCAAGCGUCUACACUCCUCCUGUCCAGACUCCCACCCCCUCCUCUACCGUGGUCGUUGUCUCCUCUGCCGCGCCUGUCGAGACCUCGUCUGCACCUGCUCCAGUCGCGCCAACCACCACUGAAGCUGCCUACACGCCUGCUCCCGUCACCUCAGCUGCCCCUGCUCCUGCCACCUCCAGCGCGGCUGCCUCUCCCCCUAGCUCUGGCUCUGCCUCUGCCUCUAGCUCUGGCUCUGGAUCCUUCACCGGUGACCUGACCAUCAACCCCCUCAACGGCGCUCUCGGUGCUUGCGGAAAGCCUCUCUACCCCACCGACAUGGUCGUUGCCCUCGCUGCGCCCGCCUGGGGAGCCUCUACCUAUGACGCCAUGACUGGUGAGGCCACCAACCCCUGGUGCGGAAAGAAGAUCAACAUCGAGUACAACGGCAAGACGGUUCCCGCCACCAUCAUGGACCUGUGCCCUGGCUGCUCUGGCCACGACAUUGACCUCUCCGACGCCGCCUGGGCUGCCAUUGGCAUGACCGAGUGGACCCGCGUCAAGGGUAGCUGGUCUCUGGCCGAGUAA